GUUAAGUUAGUGAACUGCUCAGCAAGCUAAAAUCCGUUAUACGCUUUGUUUGGACAUAAACGACAUGUAACGAUAACUUUCGAAGUACCCGAAAUAUUAUCUUCCGUUGUUUUUCGUUACGGAUGACGAUCUAAUGCAAAUCGGCUACGGAUCAGAAUCAUCAUUAAUAAUUGUCACUUACCAACAUCAACACAUUUCACCUACCUAAAUAAGUGUCAAGCUUCUCUUGCCGCACCCUGUACAUAUGGAAAUUGCACAUAACAAGUGCAAAUUGUACGGAUUAAACCAAAAAGUGUUUUGCAGCUCAGUUGCAAGUCAACAGCCCAUAUUACAAUACAUUGAAAAUUUCACAGCAGCACAAACAUGCUGUUUAUAAGACGCCGGGAACUACCGAUAUAUCUAUUAAUAAUUUGUUUAUCCACACUUUGUGUGAAACGCGUCACAGAAGCUCUCAUAGCAUUUCCGCGAGGAGGCUCUCAAGGCUACCUGGCAGCGUUGGCUAUGCCGAUCGAUCUGCCGAAUCGGAACGUGUACAUGGCUUUCAAUUUUGAAGCUAAUUAUGGAUUUCCGCCAAAUGACUCCUAUUACUAUUGGGUCGAUCGGUGGAACUUGGAUAAGGAGGAUGUGGGCGUUGGAAAUAAUGUGACGAAUAUUAACCAACGUCGACUUCGAAGCAUUGGCCAAAUGUAUACACGCAACGCUUUUUACCGUAGCAUUGUCGGUUAUCUGGAUUAUUAUGAUAUGAAUGGGACAGGCUGUCUGUUGAGGACAAUUUGUGACGUGUCGAGUUCUACUUUGGAUGAGCAUAAUGGUCUGAUAGGCAGUAUUUUUAAAAUCCUCUUCAUGCCAACGACAUCCGCCCAUGAAAACGAACAUUCACUCGACAACGUGGAUACUUACGUGGCAGAAGCGCAUGGACACAGCGGUGAUUGCUCGCAAUAUGUACAAUGGUGUCCGCGCGGACUACUUGAACUGAUAUCCGAAUGGUUUUAGUUGAGAUUACGUAUGGGAAAUGUAUGAGGACAAUAAUGUAAAUGUAAAUUAAGUUAUAUAUUCAGCAAAAAAGAUGUAACUUUUUUGUUAUGCUAUUGGGAAUACAUAAAUAAUUUAA